AACGAGCGCCGCCAAUAAAGAUAUAGCCACUUUCGAGCUAAGACAUGUCUGUAUAUGAAACUUAAUAGUGACUAGCGGCUUUAUAAUUGUCGUCUCUUUAUCGUUAAAAAUUUGCAAGGUAUAUGGAAUCGUAUCUACAGACUUGGGAUGCUCAUUAACGCAUCACCCAAUUUAGUUCCGCUUAUGGUAAGCCCUAUUGCACUAUAGGUUUAGCCUUGAUAAUACAAUUUACUAAAUUUGAUAUACGCAUAAUAAAUUCUUCUGGAGCAACCCGAGUCUUACAGUUCUGUAUGAUACUGACCUAGAUAGUAUCCAUAUAAGCACAUAAGAUACUUGCUUUCAUUCAAUAUUGUUCUAGCUCAGGUUCAGUACUUGUCCUACGUCGAUUAUUAUAUCAUUAUGUGCAAAAGAGACUUAGAAUAAAAUCUGCCUUGCAAGUUAACGUCAACGUACAGCUAAACAAAACUCAAUAUUUGAAAAAACUUCCUGAAGUGACUGUAAUAAAUGGCGUCCAUAGAUUUUUUCAGGGUUUAUUCAUCAUUUAACCUGUUUAUAAAUUAGGUGAAGGCAUUUCGUUGCAGCUAGUUCAACAUCUCAUGUAAGUUAACGAACGUAAACACGAAAAACAUUUACAUAAAUGUUUGCAGGUUCUGAAUCAGCUAAGCCAUUUUUAACUCUCGUCCGAAUUAACCGCAGCCUUACUCUUUAUUUCAAAUGUCCGCGCUGUUGGGAAAUUGGUCCGUUGAAUAAUGAAUCUCUGAGAGUCUGUGUGCGUGGUCGCCAAUGUUGGUGUCUGUCUAUGAACGAGCAAGCAAAGCUGGGCGACCAGUGUUGAUUUUGCUGCAGUGUCGAUAUUAGCAUUAGAAGUGAGCAGACAACCCUGCUGCAUCAUAGGAACUGUGUUCCCCAACAUUAUCGAUGUUUAUUUGUGCAGUUCGCAAGUGGCCAAAGGCAUCGAAACAGUGGUUCCGAAAAAAAGUGGCCGCAUUGCUAAAAGAGCGGAACUUUGACGACGAGUACAGAUCGAAGGUGGCGUUCAUCUCAUCAUUGAUUCUAUAAUAACAAUAAUAACCAGCACCGUGAAUUGGCUGUAGCUGUGAACAUCGCUCGUGGUAUAGUCUAAUUACUACGUUAUUCCUGCUCUUAAAGAGUCACUCCUACACGGGUUUUUGCUUUGAAGACCGGUGAUUCCAUCAGGAGAGGUUACUGUUGGCUACCCGUUAUUAAGCUACUGUAACGCCAUCAAGAUGGCCCGAUCCACACGAUCUCGACGGACCACUACUAAAGCAGAAGAUGCUGAGAACGUUGACACACCUAGUCAGGAUCUUGAUACGUCAGACAGGUUAGAAAAAAAGACCCGACGGAAUCGAAAGCACGAAAAUAGGGAUUCGGAGCAAAAGGAGGAGAAUCCUCGACCGAAGGAAAACACGCCUGAAUCAGACGGAGAGAAUACCCAGCAAUCACAGGAAAUAACGGAAAAAGGCCGUGGUGGUGGCCGUAAGAAACGCGAAGGCGAGACCGAAAGCGAGCAUCAUUCCUCUUCUACGAAGAGAGCGCGCUCUCGCCGCACUCCAAAGGAGGACACUGAAGAGCCACUGGAUGGGGAGGCCACAAGCGGUAAAGGCAACGAUCAGCGGGAUGAAGCCGGCGACCAGGUCAGCAUGGCUGGCUAUGCCAGCAGCAGCACUUCUUCCAAAGAGCAGCGGAAGCAAUCGCAUCCACAAAAGGACGUCGACAAAGUGGAAAGAAGGGAGAAACGGGCAGAAGAAGCGAAGAAGGACCCGAUUAGUCGUGGGCAUAAGCGUCUUAGUGAGGAACGACAUGAAAAAAUUAGUAACAAAGACAAAGAUACAGUUGAAGCAUCAUCCUCGAAGCCGAUCGUCCCUGAAAGCCAAAAAGCGCUUCGAAUGGAGGUGGAGGAAGAGAAACUUGAUUUUGAAAUUGAAGACGAACUACAACUGAAGGUUCAGAAUGACGAGGUCCUUGAUGGAGAUGAUGACGAUGCUAAGGAGGAAGAUGAGAAUUCUCGUACGAAUGAGCCGUCAUGUAAAGGGGAAGGUAAGAAUUUGAGGGAUGAUGGAAGCGCUUCCAAGGACUCAAAGGACAUAGUUUCAAGCGAAAAGCUCAUCGCUCUCGAUGAAAUGCUAAAGAGGCGCGCAUCACGUCGUAAUCAUUGGCCUGCAGAAAAGGAAGGUGGCCCUGAUAAAGACAAGGAGAAUUUAGAGGGCCCAAGAGAUCGCUGGGGUAAACUAGCAGAAAAAGCUCCAUCUAAAGAACAUGCACAGGCCAUUGUUACAACCGAUUCAUUAAAGGAACUGAGCAAGGAGAUGGAGGCCAAAGUCACCAAAAAGGAUACCAUCGACCAAAAGGAUUCAGUGAUCAGUGAAGCUACGAAGAGUCUGUUGGCCGCUGAUAAGGGCAAUUUAGGCUCUAAUGAAAAGGAACGUCAACCUGAGGAGACACCAGCAGAUACCAAGAAAAGCGUUGCCAACGACCCCGAAUUGGAGGAUCGGCGACGGGCACGACACAUUUCAAUGAGCGAUGAUACUCCAGGGGACAAUAGCGGAAAGGAAGCGGUGAAGGACUCGGGAUAUCAAGCAGGCAAAACAAAGCUGCCUUCUGCUGGUUUGGCACUCGGGUCCACCAAUUGGGCUGAAUUGGAAACGACAAGACGUAAACCACGGGAUGCGGCCACUCCGCCACGCCUACCUGUUGGGCGUCACUUGCUCGUGCUCAACCUUGUGCGACCAUUUACUCUUAGUCAACUAACCGAUCUGGUAACACACGCAGGCGCACGAUCUAUUUCUGACCUUUGGCUUGACCGCAUUAAAAGCAAGGCUAUUGUGGAAUUUACAGAUGAGUCAGCAUCUAGAGAAGCUCGUGAGGAACUGCAUAACAUCGUCUGGCCUAAAGGCAGCCCUAAGACGAUUAAAUGCGAGUUUCUUACGGAAAAAGAAGUAGAGCAGACAAAAACAGGAAUGAUACCUCCCGCGCAGCGAGACUCUUCUCACAAUCUUGAUAAGGAUAAAAACAAAGUAAAGGAGGUGACUAAGGAACGUACCCGGAUAGUUGUGGGCCCGUCUGAAGAAACAAGAGACAAUGGGGAUCUUCGUAAGACCAUUGAGAUCGUACAUAAGGAUAAAGAUAAAAAGGUCAGCGAGGAGUCACGUAGACGCAAGGCAGCUGCUGCAGACGUAGAGUCCCAACCCGUUGCUACCAAAAAAAUCCGUGAAUGGGAUUUACCUAAGCUUAAACAACAACAGCACCAACAACAACCUGAGCACCGACAGCAGUCAAAUUCAGAGGAGCCCGCGCCGGCGAAGCGAUUAGAAGAUCUGUUUCGAAAAACAAAAGCUACGCCGAAUAUCUACUGGAUUCCACUUCCAGAGGCCGAAGCUUUGGAGAGGGCAAAAAUACGCGCUGAAAAGCAAAAGGAAGAGGACCGUCGUAAUCGAAACCGUCGUCUCAUAAACUGACCUGAUUUUUCGGUGGAGGUCAGUUUUUGUAAUCGAAUUCAAGGCUAAGUGGUCUCGGGAUAGGACAUGAGGGAGUGUGCAGAUGGUGAUCAUGAUGAUGAUGAUGGCGAAGGACUAGGACACAGUAGCUGCAGAAGUAACAGCUUUUGCACUUGGUCCUGUUGCUUCAGUUAUCGGAGGCUUUGCACAGACAACAGAAGCACAUGGGUCGGUUACGCAGCUGUAUGGCUCUCGUUAGAAAGGCACUCGCCCGCUGCCUGGGUAAGGGGUAGCGGACGAGUGGUCUAAGAGGUAUUCUUCACUGUUGGUAGAUGAUCAUGGCUUGGUUGUAGAUUUAUCUAUGAAUUGAUUGAUUGUUUGUUUCCUUGACUGAUUGGGUGAUUGUGAUUCAUAGUGUAUCUAUUUCGUGUCGCCUAGUAGUGAUCAUCACGAGGAACAUUUGAACUUCAAGACAUCAGUUAAGUAGCAGCUACAGAGACGACAAAACAGAAGAACUGUGGCUUAUAGUGCCGACAAUAACAACAGAAAACAGAAGAGCACGUUCGCCCGCUUGGAAGAGGCGCGCGCCUGAUUCAGUUAUAUAGAUUCUGUUUACAUGUAUUACGUAUGGAUUGAUAAAAAGCACUACAGGAAGGGAGAAAGUAAAGCAAGGGCGCGCUUUUUAUUGGAAGCCAUUAACUGAAAUCAUUCAUUUUGUGUACAUAGGAACAGAAACGCCCUGAAAGUUGUACAAUACUCUGAAUGCGGCUAUAUACGAUAUAUAUGGAUAUGCAUAUGAACAGCAAGGUUCAAUAAACUUGAAGGUUGU